GCAUAUAAAGCAACUAGGAUGACAUAACGAAGCGUUAAGGAUAAAAUUAACAUCAGAAAUCCGUAAUAUCAACUGCUCGUAGAAGGAGAAGAGAGAGUCUUGUCUGCAACUCUGCAAGGGAAGGUGAUCCGUCUCCCAUGGCUUACGUCGAGAAGGGUGUUGUCAAAACAAAGCGGUCACUAUGGCGUUUGAAGACGUUCACUGAUUCCUUCUGGUCUAUUAUCAACUUCGUUGUAUUUUUCGUUACAACAAUGUUUUCGAUGGAGAAGUCAGAUGCUUAUAAGAAAACAUCUGGUUCCGGCAAGAAAUGGGACGGUGGUGGCCCUGGUGGUGGAAGAGGCCCAUAUGGUGGUGGUCCUCCUGGACCUCCACGUGGGUUAGACAAUGUUCGUGGAUUGAGGGAUGUUCGUGGUGCAGAUCACAGCUCACUUCCUGCCUGUGGUUCUUGCUGCGGCUGAAAUCGGUUCAUUUUCUAAUAAUGGCAUACAUCUAAUGUUGUUAAUAGGAAAUUGUAUCAUGAUAUCAUAUGUAUAAAAUUGGAAGCUGUCUUUUGAACUCUGGCUUUAACGAAUUGGAGCUGCUCUUGAGUUUGUUGCUGUGCCUUGUAA